CUGUCAAAAUGAAUCUGACAUUUUUCAGAAUUCCAAAAUGGCCGCCAUGUCAAAGGAAGAAUACCUCAAGAAAUAUCUAUCAGCUGACUUAACAGUAGAGAAGAAGAAGAAAAAGAAAAAGAAGGAAAAAAUUAAAACAAUUCAGCCAAGGAUGCGUAUUAUUGACGAGGAUGCUGAUGUACCGGUUAAUUACGAGGAGCCGAGAAUUGUGCUUUCUGAUGAUGAGGAGGAUGAUUUUGAGUUGAAGCCGACUAUUUCACACAUGGAGGAUGAAAGACCAGAAGAAGUGAAAAUUUAUGAAGAAUUUAACAAGUCUGGACGGUGGAAAACUUUUGAAGGAGAAAAUCUAACAACUAAACUACUGGUGGAGGAGAUAAUCAAGCUUGAACCUGGUAUCAAGGAAGAACCCCCUGAUCUAGACGAGAACGGGUUCGACACAAAGAAGAAGAAAAAGAAUAAGAAGAAAAAACCCAAUGUUGAUGUAAAGAAAGAACCUUUAUCCCCACUCUCACGGGACUUGUUAAGAAACUCUAGUGUUGAGAGGCGUAUAAAACGUGAAGUAGAUUCGGACGAUUCACCGCCAAGGCGUAGACAUGAUAGUGAUAAUGACUCGUCGCCACCACGACGUCGACAUGAUUCCGACGCGUCACCAGUGAGAAGAAGGCAUGAUUCUGAUGCGUCACCCCCAAGACGGCGUCAUAAUUCCGACGCAUCGCCUCCUAGAAAAUCUGUGAAAAAUAAAUCAGACUCUGACGCUUCUCCCCCGCGUAAAAGGCGUAAGGAUUCCGAUUCUGACGCAUCGCCACCACGGCGGAAGCGCGCAAAUUCCGAUUCUGAUUUAUCGCCGCCAAGAAAGGGUGGCGGCAGUGAUUCUGACAUGUCGCCACCACGACAAGGUGAUAAGAUGGCCAAGACAUUGGACGGUAAAAGAGCCGGACUACAGAGGGCUGGGGACCUUAAGGACGAACUACUUGCAAUUAGACGGAAGGAGGCUGCCAUGUUUGAGAGUAUGGACGUGAAAGUAUCUGGACGGUUUGCAGAGACCAAGGUGCGAGGUCGGGCCAAGGAGGAGGAGGAGAAGAAGAGAUUGGAGAAGGAGAAGAAGGAGGUGCCGGAGGAGAUCAAGAGGAAGUUCGAGCAAUGGAAUCGGGGUGUCCACCAGGUGAAAAAGAGUAUGGACCAGCUCGAGGACAACCUCUACGAGAUGUCGAAACCCCUCACCAGGACAGAGGACGAUGUGGACAGGGAUAUUAUGCUUAAAGAACAGGAAAGAGAAGAAGACCCAAUGGCGGAAUAUAUGAGAAAAAAGAAAGAAAAGAUCCAGGGUAAAGUGAAAAAGCUUCCAAAAUAUUCAGGACCCCAACCCCCAGCGAACAGAUUCCGGAUAUGGCCAGGAUAUCGAUGGGAUGGGGUGGUUCGAACUAACGGGUUUGAAGAGAAACUACUCACUAAAGAUAUUGACAGGCAUGCGAAAGAGAUGGAGGCAUAUCAAUGGAACUUGGAGGCUGAAUAGUAUUUCUAUGAAAAUAAAUAUUCGCGCAUUU